AUUGAUAGAGUAUUCAUAUAGUGACAAGAAACAAAGCAAAUAUAAAAGCAAUUGUCUCGAUCAAAUAUUGGAUGAAUUAUUACAUUUAUAGAGUGACCUGAACUAGAUAUCAACCAAAUGUAUCAACAGCCAAAUCAUUCUUACGCUUCCGCAGAUUCUUUGCGUAGGUUUUCAUCAAAUAACCCAUUCAGAAAUCAAAUUGAUCAACGAUCAGUACAACCACAGAAUAGUGGCUCACUGCUAUCCAAUUCUAACAAGAACCGCUCUCCUCUGAAGUCUUCACUUGGACAAUCUUCAAUUACUUUUGAAAAUUGGAUUCAAAAGAAUAAAGAUUUGUUGGCACUUUCAAGUGAUGAAGAAGAAGAUGAAGCUCCAAUUAAUAGAGAUGAUGAUAUAUUAAAUGUUUAUCAAUCAAAUGGUGGUACCCCGUUAACUUCACAUAAUAAUAGUACUUCUGGAACUCCUAGACCACCACAAUUCCCAAGAGCAACAAGAGCAGAUAGUGAUACAAGUAUUCACUAUUCUAACAGAACAAUGCAAUCUAAUAAUCCGUUUGCUUCGGCAUUGAAUGAGCCAGAUUCGUACGUUCACCGUCGUGAACCUCCUGCUCCACCAAGACGCGGCAGUAGUGGUAAUACUCCACCAGCACGCCCUCCAAAACCACCAGCAGACCUGUUGCCACCACCUUCAUAUGAAGAAGCUGCUGGUCGUGAAGCUGCAAGAAGAGAAUACAGAAGAGAAAAGGCCCUGAGCUCAUCUAACGAUAACAACUUAGCACCUCCAUCAAGACCACACCGUUCCCAUUCUGAUUCCAAUGGCCAUGGACGUGAACGUUCCAGGGGCCACCGUUCCCAUCACCAUUCUAGAAAAGAUGCAAAACCAGAAUCUCAACCUCCAUCAUCUCGUACACUUAAGGCUAGCUCAUCAUUAUCCAGGAAGAAAUCCCCUUCAAAAAAGACUCCAGAACCAGUAAAGGCAAAGAAUUUAGACACAAUUGAUAAAUUGGAUGUCACUGCAUUCUUCGGUGGUGGAUUCCAUCAUGAUGGUCCAUUUGAUGCAUGUGCUCCUCACAGAAAUAAGAAUGUCAAGGCUGCCCCAGUGAUGGCUUUCCCAGUAGAUGGUCCAAAUAACUAUAUAGGAGGUUCUGGUGGUAACAUUGACAAAAAUGAGCAAAUGGAUUUGGCCUUUGGUAACUAUAAUGCAGACCGUGAUGAUGCUACAUUUAGACGACCUGGCGCUACUAUGAGAACUGGUCGCUUGUCAGAUGAUGGCCCAGUGACAGCUGGAUUAAAGACUAAUCGUGUCCAUGAUGAUCCAUCGUCAACUAUUUACACUGCAAAACAAAACCCAUCUGUCAUUAACUUUGACUCGAACCUUAAAGCUCAACCUAUUCAUGGAUCUACUACUGCUGGAUUGGGAUCAACUACUUUUGUGGAUGGAGCCCCUGCUCCAAAGAAAGCUGCACAAGAAGCUGAACAACAAAUGAGUGGUUUGAAUAGAAAGAAAUCCUUGGUACAAAGAUUAAGGAAAAAGGGUUGAACCAGUGAAUUAGGAAAAGAUUUUAGUCGACAAGGCUGAUAUUUUGGGCAGCUUAAGGUAACCUCCUUGGAAAGUUUAAAGUACCCAGCUUAAAUCAUCCUUUAUUGAGUCAAAUUGAAAGAAGAAAAAAAAUUGAGAUAAGGUACAAAAUACUGACUUUAUUGGAAUUAAGGAAAGGUUGAUUUUCAUCAUUGGGAAAUAGCCAAAGAAAUAUUUAUACAACCAUCUAAGCUUUGCGCAGAUGGUUCAUGCGGUUCGGGGAGGUUGAAGAGGGAAUGGUUUCCAAAACCAGACAAGAAAUGAUAGGAAAAGGAAAUUAAGAAUACUCUUAAACCUUUGUUUGUUUAGUUAUAGUUAUGUGUACUCGUUAGUGUAAUUGCUUUUUAUUAGUUG